AUGGUGCCACUAAAUCAGCUGAGUGGCCACAUCAAUUCCACCUGUGGGGCAGACAACUCCACAGGGGCCAGCUGGGCCCGCCCACAUGCCUACUACGCCCUGUCCUACUGUGCGCUCAUCCUUGCCAUUGUCUUUGGCAAUGGUCUGGUGUGUGUUGCUGUGCUAAGGGAACGGGCCCUGCAGACCACCACCAACUACCUGGUGGUGAGCCUGGCUGUGGCGGACUUGCUGGUGGCCACCUUGGUGAUGCCCUGGGUGGUGUACCUGGAGGUGACAGGUGGAGUCUGGAAUUUCAGCCGCCUUUGCUGCGAUGUUUUCGUCACCCUGGAUGUCAUGAUGUGUACAGCCAGCAUCCUAAACCUCUGUGCCAUCAGCAUCGAUAGGUACACUGCGGUGGUCAUGCCAGUUCACUACCAACAUGGCACGGGACAGAGCUCCUGCCGGCGGGUGGCCCUCAUGAUUACAGCUGUCUGGGUACUGGCCUUUGCCGUGUCUUGCCCUCUCCUCUUUGGCUUUAACACCACAGGAGAUCCCAGUGUCUGCUCCAUCUCCAACCCUGAUUUUGUCAUCUACUCUUCAGUAGUGUCCUUCUAUCUGCCCUUUGGAGUGACUGUCCUCGUCUAUGCCAGGAUCUAUGUGGUACUGAGGCAGAGGAGGCGGAAACGGAUUCUCACACGACAGAACAGUCAGUGCAUCAGUGUCAGGCCCAGCUUUCCCCAACAACCCCUGUCCCCUGGCCGGGCACAUAUGGAGCUGAGGCGGUACUAUAGCAUCUGCCAAGAUACUGCCUUCGGGCCACCAGGCUUCCAAGAAGGGGAAGGCGAGUUGAAAAGGGAGGAGAGCACUCGGAACUCCCUCAGCCCCACCAUGGCACCCAAGCUCAGCUUAGAGGUUCGAAAACUCAGUAACGGCAGGUUGUCGACAUCCCUGAAGCUGGGGCCCAUGCAGCCUCGGGGGGUGCCACUUCGGGAGAAGAAGGCAACGCAGAUGCUGGCCAUUGUGCUUGGGACCUUCAUUGUCUGCUGGCUGCCCUUCUUUUUGACCCACGUUCUCAAUGCCCACUGCCCAGCAUGCCACGUGUCUCCAGUGCUUUACAGAGCCACAACAUGGCUGGGCUACAUGAACAGCGCCCUCAACCCUGUGAUCUAUACCACCUUCAACAUUGAGUUCCGCAAAGCCUUCCUCAAGAUCCUGUCUUGUUGA